AAACCUCAACUGUAGGCUCGGGUCCCCGUCGCCGUCGCCGUCGCCGCCGCCGCCCGGAGCCACCUCGCAGGGGCCGGGAGCCACCUCACAAGGGGCCGGGUCACCGCUGGGGGCCGUGGUGCGGAAGAACACAGGCGGGUCCUGCCCGAGGCGGAGCUGCCGGACCCUCGCCGGGUGGAGCUGGGACCGUCCUGCCGUGGCCGCCGGCGCGGGGCGGACGGGAGACCCUCGGAGGGGCCGCUCCGAGAGGACCCGCCGCGGCCCGAGAGGUAAGAAGAAGUGACUGAAAAGGCAUAUCUGGACGCCAUCUAAGAUGUCGAGGAGAAGAUUUGAUUGCCGAAGUGUUUCAGGCUUGCUAACUACAACUCCUCAAACGCCAAUGAAAAUGGAAAACUUUAAUAAUUUUUAUACACUGACAUCUAAAGAGCUAGGAAGGGGGAAGUUUGCUGUGGUUAGACAGUGUAUAUCCAAGUCCACCGGCCAGGAGUACGCUGCCAAGUUCCUAAAGAAGCGAAGGAGAGGCCAGGAUUGCCGCGCAGAGAUUCUGCACGAGAUCGCCGUGCUUGAAUUGGCCAGGUCCUGUCCCCAUGUGAUUGAUCUCCAUGAAGUCUAUGAAAACACAAGUGAAAUCAUCUUGGUAUUGGAAUAUGCUGCAGGUGGAGAAAUUUUCAACUUGUGUUUACCUGAGCUGGCAGAAAUGGUCUCUGAAAGUGACAUUAUCAGACUCAUCAAACAAAUACUUGAAGGAGUUUAUUAUCUGCAUCAGAAUAACAUUGUGCACCUUGAUUUAAAGCCACAGAAUAUAUUAUUGAGCAGCAUAUACCCUCUUGGGGACAUAAAAAUUGUAGAUUUUGGAAUGUCUCGAAAACUAGGAAAUGCGUGUGAACUUCGGGAAAUCAUGGGGACACCUGAAUACUUAGCUCCAGAAAUCCUGAAUUAUGAUCCUAUUACCACAGCUACAGAUAUGUGGAAUAUUGGUAUAAUAGCCUAUAUGUUAGUAACUCAUACAUCCCCAUUUGUGGGAGAAGAUAAUCAAGAAACAUACCUCAAUAUAUCUCAAGUUAAUGUCGAUUAUUCAGAGGAAACUUUCUCAUCAGUUUCACAGCUGGCCACAGACUUUAUCCAGAGUCUUUUAGUAAAAAAUCCAGAGAAACGACCAACAGCAGAGAUCUGCCUCACUCAUUCUUGGCUACAGCAAUGGGACUUCGGAAACUUGCUUCUCCCUGAAGAAAUGUCUAGUCCCCCUCAAGGUCAGGACCACACGACAAGGUCCCCUGAAGAGAAGACUUUGAAAUCCUCCUGCAAUGGCACCUGUGAGGAUCGAGAAGACAAAGAGAACAUCCCAGAGGACAGCAGUGUGGUUUCCAAAAGAUUCCGCUUUGACGACUCGUUGCCCAGCCCCCACGAACUGGUUCCAGAUGUGCUCUGCUAGCACUCCUCUCUCUGACUCAUGUGGACCGAACUUGGAAUUUGAAAUCCACGCCAGUGUGUGACUGGUUUGUAGCUUUAUAUGUGGCCUGUUCAUAUUGUAAAUGCACUUUUGCAUAGGAGAAUUUAGGAAAUUGUUUUAAAAUGGCAUUACUAGUUACUAGCAUAAUUUCAUUUCCUAUCCUGAAAUACCACUAUGCAGAGAAGAAAAGACUUAAAUAUAUAACCAAAAAUAAAAGUGUGCAUUGGAAUAAUUUAAGUUCAAAUGGAUUUAUCAAAAUGUUUUAUAUAUCAGGAAAAAAGAGUGAUUUGAGUUAUAUUAUGGUUGAUGUAAACUGAAAAAAAUGAAGAGCUAUUUUAUAUUUGAAGAUGUUUUUGAUUGCUGUUUUGAAAUUACAUAAGAUUCCCAUUAUAUGUAGUCUGCUCUAUGAGAUAGGUCCUUUACCCAGAGCAGGGGGCGGGGGGUGGUUACGAACCAGAACAGGGAUGUUACAUACAAGUUAGAGCAGAGGGAAGAGGAGCAUGGCAUUUCACUCUCCAUCUUCUUCAGAUGUAAUCGGAUCCGAUGAAUGAAAAAUAUGGUUUACAAGGCUAGAGGAUUUUCAUCUUCCAGAAUUUCUAGAGUAGAAGAUACUUAGGGAAAACUGAGUGCGCUCCAUUUUCAGUCGGCCAAACACCUUAAUUAAUUGACUUAGAAGAAAAUGCUGACAGACUUAGGUGACUUACCGAAUUCUAGAUGUCUUCUAAGUCUUGAGAUAAAGCCAGGUAUUCAGCGUGCUAACAGUGUGCGUUUCAAAAGUCACAGCACCCGUGGACUGUGAACGCAAUGCCGGAGUCAGCAAGGUAGGUGUGGUCAUCAAACACGAUGCCGUUCGCUCUUCUGAAGCCCCCGUGUCAGUGCCCAGUGGUGGUGCGGCUCACAGAGGGCCUUCUGGUGGGACCAGUGCCAGUAGGUCCCUGGGGACAGCAGGACGUGUGCUCGGGGCCAGUUCACUCCUGGGCGAUCUUCGGGGACUACUCACAAGUCUAUUAUACUGUCAUGUUAAGGUCAUUGUAGUCAUUAUAUCCCCAGCAGUUCUUGAAGGAAAGUUAUUUCUAUUUGUGUGUGUAUAUAUGUACAGGUAUAUGUAUAUAUGUAAAGAGAGAGAAAAUAGUCUUUAGACAACUUUGUCUAGGCAUUCCUCACUCUGUUGUGCUCAACUCAGGUGCCAAAGGAGCUCUUGUCUUAUGACAUAUGAAUAUAUGAAUAUACAUAUAAAUUCUAUAAGGAGCAGUUUGUUGGGUCAAUAAACUAGUCAUUGUGAAAACUAAACUGGGUUCUUAUAUGUGUAAAACUGAUGAGUUUUUUCUAAAUUGUUGAUUGUCCAUUUAUUUACCUUCAGUAUUAAGGUAAUGCAGGUAAAGCUUAGUAAGCCAUUGGAAAAAGAGAAAAUGAUUACUUUUACAAAAGACCAUAUUAUAUAUUUAAAUUUCUAGAGAAAUUGUGCCAUACUAAAAAAAAAAAAAAAAAAAAAUCAAGAAAUGUCAGAAUUUUGAAUUAUAAGCCAGUUCUUAAAAUAUAUUUUAUACUAGCUUUCUUUUACUCUUAGGAAUAUUAAAAUACUUUAUAUACUGCCUCUUAGUUAAUAGAAUACACAGAGUUGUAAAUUUCCAGACCUUUUUUCCUAACAAUUUCUAUUGUAAAAAAAAAAAAAAGCACAUAAACAGUAUUCAAUUUUUUUCAUAAGGGUGAAUUUAAAUAUUUUCACUGAUUGGAAUGUAAAAAUAAAGCAAAGCCAUCUUUAGAGAGACGUUAUUAACAAAUGACUCAAUUCUUAUUUUUUUUCCUCCCAAGAUUGAAAGCAAAUGUCUGUCACAAGCAGAUGAUGUAUCUGACUGAAGCAGGAGUCUAGAGAGCCCCUGUGAGGUGAACUGGUAUCUGGAAACACGUCUGAGGAGUAGUGUGAACCUGAUGAAUCUAUAGAAUUUAACUUUCCUCUUGGAUUAGAUCCCUAGCGAGGGGAGGUUAAAGAGGAGUAGAAUAGCUGACAGUUACAAUUGCCAUUUAACUCCCCCCCCACACAAAGUUAACCUAACUCUGAGGAGUAAAAUUGUAAUGGCACUUAAAGAAGCCCAGCAGGGCCUGGUGGUCGGUUGUGAUGAGAGAAGGUGCUUGUGCCAGAGUCUAAAUCAGCACAUAGCUUCCUUCGUCAAGGAAGUCUUGCUGUAAGUCAGCCGGUUAGUGCUAGAAUUCAGCGGUCGCCAACCAUUCGGACCUCGCCGACCACCAGUGGCCCGGACCACUGGUUGGUGACCGCUGCUGGAACUGGUUUUCAUCUAGCUCGAGCUUCAUCUUUCCUUUUGGAUUGGUUGCAAAUAGUUCCCGGGCCAUACUUUGAAUAGCCUUGCUCUAAGCAACAUUAAUAAAUGUUGACAUUUUAUUUUUCUUAAAUGUUGGUAUUUUAUAACUGUUUACAUUUCCUCUGUUUAUUUUGAAUUUGCAGUUUGAUAUCUGACUUGGGAACAUCCUUAUUCAAUGUUGUGUAAACAAUUGUUCUUUAAUUUCAAAUUGUAUUAAAAUUAAGUUAUUCAACUUCCAGUUUGGGAAAUUACCAAUUUAUACUUUUAUGAAAGUCUAAAAAAACUUUAAUUGUAAAUUUCACACCAAUUACAACUGCCCUCCCACUUAGCUUUUAUUAAAUACUCAUGUUGCUUGAGGCAUAUUGAAUGACAUUGUUAUGAAAUGUUCAGUAACAAAACUUGUUACAUCAGCUUAAUGAUCCUUUUGGUUAAAAAUUGUAAGGCACUUUUGUUUACAUUUGUGGUUGUCUUUUGUUCUAAAGUGUUUCUAAAUGUAUUAUUCAUAAAAGCAGACCUUGCCUGGAGGUCCUAGCCUUUGACCCACAUCAUCUUUGAACUUCUUUCCCAACCCAGACGUGUCUAUUAGAUCUUGUCUUUUGGAAAAGUCACACAUAUUUGUGAACAAGGUCUAUUCCUUAGUAAUAAUAGAUACUUUAAGGAAAUGUCAGUGAAUGGCAGAGUACUACAUUACUAUGAAGACGAGUAAGGAAUUCUGAUUCACCACAAAUGGUUGAACUGUUAUGAUUUCUUUUCAGUUUAAAUGAAUUU